AUGUUUGGCAAAACAAUAAAAAUUUAAGGAUCUGUUUAUUUAAAAGGAAAGGAUAAAGAUAACUUUGAGACUACACUAAGGAAAUAAUUUGAUGCACUAACAGUCAAAAAGAUCUUUGAGGAUUCUGAAUAAUGUAUGUAAGAGAAACUAGUUGGAUCAAAGAUGGUCAUUUAUCAUACAGAUGAAUAUCCUGCCUUUGUUGAUGGCACAGGAAAGGAGGAUUAUGUUCCAUCAUUGUUUGUUGUUGCUGAGUAUCCUAGAUUAAUUGGUACAUUGAUAUUAAAAGACGGAAUUGAUGAAGCAGCAGUACUUAAGGCAGGAAAAAAAUUGGGUGAAUUCAAGAAGGAUGCUAUUAAGAAGUUGAUAAAUCAUGAAAAGAAAUUAUUGGCAAUUAUAGCUAUUGGUUGUGAUUCUAUAGAUUUAAAGAAAGAAUAGGAGAAGGGAAUAGCUGGAUAUAUUUUGCAUAAACAAGGGGAUAAAUUAUGGGAGCAUGGUCCAAAGGAAUUGUGUCAACCAAUUGAACCAGAAAACUUUGAUGAAGUCUAAGAAAUGAAAACAUAAAACUAUGAGGAAUACUCAGAUGAUGAUAUUGAUUUGAAUAUGAUUGCACCUGGAGCUAAGAAACCAGCAGCAAAAAAAGAAUAGAAAAAAGCAACCAAAGCCAAACCAGUUUAAUAAUAACAAUAACAGUAAUAGCAAUAAUAAGUUAAACAAUAAUUCUCAGAUGAUAGUGAUGAUGACAAUAAACACAAAAAAGGCGCUUAAAAUAAGUAAUAAUAAUAGAAACAAUAACAAUAAUAAUAAUAAGUUGGAGGUGUUCCAACAAAAGUAAUGGAUGAAUACAUAAAGGAAUCCCUUUUAAAUGCUUGUAAGAUUGGAAUUAAUGAUAAAUAAUUACCUUUAGAAGGUUAAGUAUUCUAUGAGAAAAACUAGGAAUUGAAUUAGAUCUAAAGAAUUAAUGAUAUUAAAAGAUCGGAAAGUAAAUGCUUAUAUAUAUAUUUUGAUAGAUUUUUGUAGACUAUGUAAAAGGAUGGUUUGAUUGAAUACAAGGAAGUCAAAAAGGGAGGAUAACCUUCAAUAACUAAAAUUGAUAGAUAACAUGAAUAAAUUACUGAUUGGGAGCCAACCGUAUUAAAGGCAGCAAAGAAAGGUGAUGAAGAGAAGGAAGAAAAGAAUCAAGUUGCUUAAUAUAAAUAGAAUAUCGAGGUCACUGAUCUCUUUCUGCCGGUUGGUCCUUUGGUGAAAUUAUUCGCUAAGGAAGGGGAUGACAAUUAAAAAGUUGAACCAUUAACAAGAGAAUAAUAUAUUUCAUUAUUGAAUUAAUACAUAAAGAAGAAUUUGAAGUAGGAGAAGAAAAUGAUAGUGUUAACAGAAGAUUUGGUUAAUGAACUAGGAAUAAAAGAACAUUAAUCUGAUAGUGAAGAUGAAUAAUAAGAAGAAUAAGAUAAGGAAAAAGAGAAAGAAAAAGAAAAAGAGAAGGAAUAGAAAAAAAAAUAACCAUAAAAUUAGAUUACUUUAGAAAGAUUAUACAAGAGGAUUGAGGAACUUAUGUAGAGGAGUUACAGAAUUAAAAAUUUGAGAUUAAACUAAAGUGAAGUUAAAUAAGGCGAAUUCAAGGGGUUGCAAUUAAUAGCUGAGAAAUAACAUAAUCAAUAAAUAAAUAGAGUAGUAGGUUUGGAAUAUUUCGGAUUUGAUCAUUAAGGAAAGAAUGAAGAUAUGUAUAGUUUUGCAUAUGUGGUUAAGCAAAUGCAGGAAACAUUCCAUUGUGGUAUUAGCAUCCAUGAUGGAGCGGGUAAAAAUGCCGGAAAAGAAAUACUUUUACAGAAAAAUGUAUUUGACUAAUUGCCUGAUUAUUGUGCCAACAUCCUGAAGAUAGAUAGUAAAUAUAUCCAUGAGUAAAAUAAGUUGGGAGGAAACAAGAAAAAGUAAGAAGGAAUGACCAGGUAGUGAAGUCAUUAAUUUAUUUAAGUGAAGUCAUCAUAAUAUAAUAUAAAUUUAUUAAUAAGCUCAUCAA